AUGAAUUUGCUGGCAAAAGGAGUCGUAGAAACGGUUCCCCCAGCCGAGAGCGAGUCAGGCUUCUACAGCCGUUACUUCCUCGUCCCCAAGAAGGAUGGCGGCCUAAGGCCCAUUCUCGAUCUCAGGUGUCUGAAUCGCGCCCUCAUGAGACGGCCGUUCAGGAUGAUUACAUUGAAACAGAUCCUCUCACAACUGACCUGUCCUUUCAAAAAACUAUGCACAGACCUGCUGAAGGAGCUUGGAGCAUCAGAGGAGAAAUUACAAGCCACAGAGACACGACUCAAAGCUCUUGAAAACACUGUGCAAGAGCAGAUGUCCAGACUUGCUAAGAGUGAAGCUGAGAUUGAGAAAAUCCAAAUGGAAAACAGAGACAGACAAAAGGUGGCAUUUUCAGCUUCAGUAGGAGUUGGUUUCUUUGGACCAUUUAACACAGAUGUAACACUGGUUUACAAGAAUGCCAUCACGAAUGUUGGUGGUGCCUACAACCAGGUCACAGGGAUUUUCACAGCACCGGUCCGGGGAGUAUACUAUUUCAGCUUCUUCUACCAUUGUCAAGCUGAUCAGCCGACACAGUUGGCCUUGUAUAGAAAUGGAAAUCAAGUAGCUAUAACACAACAUCACAAGAGUAGCUGUUACACAGAGAAUGGAGGCAACGGUGUAACGCUGCUGUUAGACAAAGGGGAGCAGGUCUAUAUUGUGCUCCGGAAGGACACAAGGAUCUGGGAUGACAAACAUUUCUCACUGUUUAGUGGUUUUCUAAUCAAUGCCAUGUAA